CGCACCAAUCACCCCAUUCGACUCUCUCAUCACUCCAUCAUGCGCUCUCAGAUCCUCGCCCUUGCCCUCGUGGCCCUCCUGUCCACCUCCCUCGUCUCGGCAGCACCCUGCGCUGGGCACAAGAACGGCGGAGGAGGCUUGGAUGUCGACAUCCUCUCUGGAAACGGCAAGAACUCGGGCAUCAUCUCGUCGGGCAACGACAAUGGCUUCCAUCAGGGCGACAACUCGUCGUACGAGUCGUCUUAGGCGUGGCAGUGCUCUAGGCUCCGUCGCAC